AUGACUUACCAAGUUUCAGAAGAAGGUAUUAAGAUAAAUAUAUCGGAUGAAAUCUCUGUAUCUCCAGACAAGACAACACCUACUCCUGAUGACAAUGGAGUUAUAAUGUAUUAUGAAUUACUUGAUCUUAAAGAUGAUAAGAAUAUUUUCUGGCGCGAGAAACUUGGUGAGGGUAUAAACAAUUAUCUUAAAGACGUGACAAUUCCAAAAGGUCGUCAUAGAUUUCGAUCUUCCAAUGAGUUUUUACCACAUCUGAUAUGGCUUGUGUCAGAUAAAUCUGGGCAGUGUCGUUGCAAAUAUUGUGUUAAAGCAAACGCUACUACUGAUACUUCUAAUGUAAAACGAAAAGUAUACGCUCCCUCCACACGUAAAACGAAGAGGCAAAGGAAUGUUGAUACAACCGACGAAGCACCAAAAUCAAAAAGAAUAACUCGAUCCAAUAGUGCGAAAAAAGGUAACCGGAAGAAAUUUGUUGAAAUAGCUCCGACUAAAAAGAGAAAGUCAGAAUUAGACUAUGAUAUUCCUCCACCUGUACCCAAAUAUGCUGUGUUUCGAGAAGGAGAAGCUGUUUGGCUUGCUAUUGACAAGGUUCUAAAUGAUAAAACCUUGGCAGAUUGUAACAAAAUUCUUUCCGUUCAUUCACAACUUGAAUAUUGGCCUGCAAUUGUUGGUUUAAUUACACCACCAGAUGAUAACGAAUCCCUUGAAAAAGUUAGUUAUACAGUAAAACCUUUGAUUCUUCAUGAGAAUAAACAUGUUACCGUUGAGUCACUUCGUCCUUGGCUAUUUUAUAGUCCCGAAAAAUCACCAAGUGGUAAAAGAUUCACUAGGUCUUUGUUGAAUAUCAAUUUAGAUAAAGCAACUUCAGAACAAAUAAUUGAAAUUUACCUUAAAGCGGUCCAGAAAGCAAGUGAAUUAGUAAAAAUUUUUGCACCUAUUUAUCAAUACGACUAUCAUAAAGUGAAUAAAACCAAGAAGACUAAAGAGAAGCGUGAAGGAAACUAUUUUAAAGCUAUGUAUUUUGGUGCGGAAUUUAUCUAUGAAGGUGACUUGGUUAGAUUAAUGCCUUCCCACAAUGAAGAUCAAGAUGAAGAAAUAUCGUAUUUACAAAUUACAAGCAUAUUUGAAGAUUCAAAGCAAGGAUUUCAAGUUACUGGAGAUUUAUAUGAAAGAAACAAAUCAUUGGAAAAGGAUAAAUGCGAAUUGAUUCCAAAGAAUAAUAUGGAUGAAGAAUUUACACUUAAUGUGUGGGAUAUUGCCGGUCGAUUUUAUCCAAUGUAUCCUGACAUCACCGAAUCUUUUACUUGUGAACUUAUCAAGACUGCUGAAUACAGGAUGUCAAUUUUGGGUGAAGAUGAUCCGCUUAACAUCAAACAGACAGCUAAUGAGACGGAUGAAAUUGUUGCACCAUCGAAUGGAACGUCUAAAAGAGCGAUGAAAGAACAUCUAUCUGUUACGAUCGAAGAAAAAACGAAUACAAAAGUCGAAAUAAGGAUUGGAAACGAAAAAGAGAUUACAAUUAAACAGACAAAUGAAACACAAGAAGCAAUAUCUAUUGAUAAAGGUGGGUCCCCCGUUAAAUUUUCAGAUAUUGAAAGGAGGUAUGCCAAAAAAUCCGAUGAUAUUGAUUUUCCGCCGUUGGUUGUCUCACCGGAUACUCCUACAUUUGAAACUGAUGAAGAUAUACCUGAUGGAACAAAGCCAAUGUAA